AUGAUCCAAGCAUCCAGCCCCUACGUCUCGAGUGGCAUGGCGAGUAGCUCAUCCAACUCGAGCAACCAAAAUGGGUCCAGCCAUCCGACAUACGAGGUAGCAGGAGCAGGAUCGAGCCAAGCUGGGACGACGAACAGCGCAGGCGGACAGGGAGGUCCGUGGAUGCGGUACCGGCCAAGCCUUCGACCUGCCACCACCCCUUCUCCGGCUCUGCUCAACGUGACUGGUGCUGCAGGAUCCAUGAGCCAUCCGCAUCACUCUUGCACCUCUCAACAUCCUGUAGACCACCAUUCAUCCAACUCUGCUCAUGCCGAAGGAGCAGUCACGAGCCACGUGCCCGGUUCGGCACCCUUAUCUCACACCGUCACGAGCCCAAGCUCCGCUAUCAACGCUGCUGCUGCUCCUCCCCCACCACCACCACCACCUCUCUUUGGCAUCGGCUCGCUCGGCACAGGUCGUAGUCAACCGCUAGCCCCAAGUCUCACAACCACGACAACGAACGGCGAGGCGCUGACCUCUCCAUACAGUCCCAAGCGUCGUGCAGCUCAUCUUUCCGGGCCUCGUCAGCGGCACGACGCCCAGCAGCUCAGGUCUCACGCCUCCAAUGGCGAAGUCAGCUUCGCUUUGAAUCCCGAAUUUUCAAAGGAUGCGGAGAAUCGCGGCAAUGUCAAAAUUACUUGUGGUGGUGUGCGGUUCUAUCUGCACAAGGAGUGAGUUGAGAAGCUGGGCACAGAUCCCCCUUUUGACCGCAUGACGGCGCCAGGCACUUACUGACGCUUGCUGCCACGCAGCGUGCUGUACUACGCCUCUCCUUUCUUCCGCGGUCUGCUCCAAGGUGGCUGGAGCGAAAAUGAAGUGGUCUGCUCGGACGAAGACGAUGCAUUAUCGACGACGGCGACGGAGCCUUGUUCAGAGCUGCAGCACAGCGCUCAGCCAGCGCCCACAUCCGACGUUCCGACCACUUCGGAGAGGAUUUCAUCGCAGGCGCGACUUUUGCAGCCGUCCGCUUCCAGCCGUGAAGCAGAAUCCCCUCUUCCUUUGGCCCAGAGGGACACGACCAUCGAAGCCUCGCAAGGGGACAAGGUAGACGGAGAGCUGAGUUUGCCCUCCCCUCGGGGUCACGCAUCACCCAGAGCAUCAUUUCACACAGCGCAUCACAGCUUACUUGACAGCAACGAGGAUGAUGCAAGGCGCCCACAAGAGCAUGAUAGAGAAGCUCUCGAUGCUCAGGAUGCUACUUGGACAGAUGAGGCGGAAACAGCUUCUGGCGCUCGGCCAGCGCAACAAGAAGGCUCGCGGGAUAUCGAUGCGCUCGAUGUGCAGGGCCUCUCGAACCGCCUUCAAAAUCUAGCCACUCCCUCUAGCUCACCGCAGCUAAAACCUCGACGAGCAAUCUCGUCUGCUGAUUCGGUGCCUGCUCAAAGAGCACCUGUGAGAGUGCGCAACUCGGCACCUCCCCUCCAAAGCCCUUCUGCGAGCUCGAGAGCACGGCCUAGCUCGCUCACAGAACGACGUGCGCGACGCACGUCCUCGAGGCGAAGCAGAGGCUCGCGAGAGGACAGCCAUCCUUCAAUCAGCAAGCACAGUCUGGUUGCGGACGUUCAUCUACCGGACGAGGACGCAUCCACAUUUCAGGACGUCCUGUGCCACAUCUAUCCACACCUGCAACUGCUAGUCACGUGGUACAACAUUGGCGCUCUGAUGCGCUUCGACGACAAGUACCAGAUCCCAUUCCUACGGAGGAGCUGCAUUUCCUUUUUGAGGGCUGCAUUGGCUGGAAGACCUAUUGAAGCUAUGGCUCUAGGUGAAAGGCACGGUCUAGAAGCGGAGUAUAAGGAAGCGUCCAGACACGUGCUGGACAAUAUGCCAUCCUGGUCAUUGGAAGAGCUUAAUGUGCUGUCGAAAGAGACGUUGCUAAAGCUGGAAAGAAAGAGGAUCUGGUUCUUGGAGCGCAUCCUCAAGUUGAGUUUGGCCAAUCCUGCCAGGGAUUACGAGUGCCACGCAGCCUGUCCGGAUCCGAAAGCUUGCGCUAAGAGCUUGGGAGAGAGAUGGCAAGCUGCGUAUCAGGCCAGCACAAGGUACGGCCCGCCGCAACCUAGCGUUGUUUGGAGACAUUUGAGAGAGUUGGAAGGAACGGGAGGUCAACCCGUUGCCGCUUGCCAUAGAGCUAGCCAAGCUUGGGUUCAGCUCCUCUUCGAUAGAAUGUUCUCCAUCACGGUCGGACUCAGUGGCACUAGACCUCAACCGAAAUUUCUGAGCAUCAAGCUCGUCGAAGGUGCUGGUCGAUAG